AUGUUCAAAUUCAGAGAAUUUUAAUUGGAAACUUAUAAAGUUCGAGAAUUCAAUCAAAAUCUAACUUUUUCGUUGUGAAGACGCGAACCAGGGUGUAUAUUUUCGUCAGGCAUCGGCUGCGCAAGGACGUGAUUUACCCAAAUAGUAAAUUUGUCGGCAUCGCUAAGUCAAAAGCACGGGUGAAAUCUCGUCUCUGGAUUAUAAUUUAAGGUUUAUAGACCGUUUUCCAAAUGGCUGAAAGGAAAUAUGACUUGCUACUCGUACAGACACUGAGCGAUAAGAAGAUUCAAAGUCAGGAAUGGUUCAAGGAAAGGUUACGCACAAGAUUUCUCAAAAGUAGGAAGCCAGGUGACCUGUCCAAAGCACUCCAAGGAGGUCAAUGGACCUUUGUCCAAGAUGGUCUGGAUGAUUUUAGAGAUGGCCUUCCUCCAAGGGUUGAUGGUCAAUCAGUCUACAAGGGUACAAAAACACUGGAGCCAAACAUACAUGGAGAUUCAGAAGGGAAAUUCCCUGAGAGGCGAGCAGUCAACAAGGGCCGCUUCACCAAAGAGGAGCUUGCUUUCUCCACAGUUACACCACUCCAGCAGCAGAGACGAGAUCACAUCGAUGAGAUGGAAUAUGGGCUCCUUCAACAUCCUCUUGCUCUCUAUCCUCAUCUUGAAGAGAGUAUGCCUCCAGAUGUUUUUGAGGAUGUUGUGGAUAUACUUGACCCUGAGAUGAACCUUGGCAGUGACAUCGAUGAAGCAGAUGAAUUUAGAGAAUAUAUGACAGACUCGUAUGGAGGAGACCAGAAGGUUGAAGAUGAUAGAUUAUCAACAAAGUCAUCAUCUGGUUCAUCACAGGGCCAGAAAGUUCGGAACCCCUACCGAUGGUUGCCUCGCAAGGAAGACCAGCAGAAGGAGGAUCGUAGAGCAAAGCAGAAACGCCAGGACUCCCCGUCUCAGGACGAACACAUUAAAUCAAUCACAAAAGAGUUCUGCGACUGGGUUUCAGGACUUGGUGGGGACAGCAAUAACGUAGAGGAGUCCACGAUUCACAGUCUCUUUGCCAGUGGUUAUGAAACCAAACCCGCCCUCUCUGUCCCCAUCCAUGUUGUCGAGUUGACAAACGUUCCUGCAGAACUGAGGAUGUCGGCGACAGUUUCGCAGGAAGAGGCCCCCUCACAAACUCUAGAACAAGUGGAGAAGAAACAGAAAGCAUUGUAUGGAUCAGGAAACUACACUCCAAGCUGGGUGAAGAUGAAUUAUGGAGCCUGGUACCUCAAACCUAAGACAUGGGAAAGGAGACCAGCUACAGAGCCCCUUGAGGAUCCACAGUCACUGAAGGAUAAAGAGAUGUCUGAUUCUAAAAAGAAAAGCCUUGCUAUGGAUGAGCAGCUAGCUCCACUCCAUGGAUCACACUCCUUCAAGGAAUUCAUUGAGAAGAAAGGCACCAGGAAACCUGAGUUCUUGGAAAGAGUUGCUGAAUUCCAGGCACAGGCCGAGGCGGAGGCGGCUGCAGCCAAGCAGCUGGAGAGGGGUAGCAAAGCCCUUAGUGCUAGCAGUGGUAGUGUACGAACCAGUCUUGCUGCCAAGUAACCUCACCAUCGUCCAUCACCCUUAAAGUCUUUCACUUCUACUGGAUAGAAAGAGCACCCAUGUAUCUUCCACGCAACUCAUCCCACAUUCCAAGUUGGACCAGUACCAUUUUCAAGAUUGAAGCUACGUGUACCAAAGACUGGACUGAUUCAGUACAAAUGGAUAUUCAAGACGAGAAUAUUCAACAUCGGCCAUCCCAUAUUGAUCCAUAAAAAAUAAACAAGUACAUGUAACCUGGAAUCUUAGUUUGUCUUGGUUUUGGACAUUAGCAAUUAACCUUACUUAGAGCCCCACUGCACUACUUAUAGCUACUUGCGCACUCCAUAUAGCAAACAAUGCCUUAGCGGUGACCGUUGGUCCUCCAUGGUCCCCUUUUUCUUAUGUUAAUUAAGAUCUGAUUUGACGAGAUAAUCAGCUGUCAGUGACCAUGCAGGGAGGUCUAAUCCCUCCUGGCCAAACUAGUGCGGUGGGGAUUUAAGUAUGUCUUUCUCAACCUUGUAAGGCUAAAGUUUGCCUAUUGUUUACAUCUGUAAUGAGCAUAUUUGUUAUGUUUGUUCACCAUUAUUGAAAUAGCUCAUAUUCAUAUCUCCCCCAAAUUACCAGUAUUCAAAUGAGUGUCAAAUGAUAGAAUGGAUGAUGGAUUUUACGGCUUUAAAAACUUAGGUGUUUUGAAACCUCACCCCACAUAUCCCCCCUCCCCUCCCUCCCCCUCCCUCCCCCUCCUCUCCUGCCCAGUAAACAAAAUUUGAAUGAAGAGCCGAUAUCAAACAUGCUACUUGAAGCUAAUCUUGAGUUCUGCAUGGUAACAGAUUCCAUUUCAAGAGAAAAUAGUUUUCACAUUGUUUUGGUAGCUUUGACCACCUAAUGAAACACUUUUUGGUAAUACAGAAAAGGAAAACUCAUAAAGGGAAUGUGUUUUGCAAUUUGGUUAAGGAUACUCCCUCUAGUUCGUUACCUUUCUCUUUAGGCAUUCAUUUUAAUGUAUUCUGCUAAUCUAUUGUACCUAAUUUGAAUACAUAUCUGACAAAUAAUUUGGCAGAUUUACUUGUAGUCUUAAAUAUUCAGUGUAAAUUCCAUUUGAUUCUGCGAGAAUUUGUUUUCCACCGUUAUCAGAGCUUAAGAUUACCUUUAAUGGCAAAGCCGAAGAUUUUUUUUAAAAAUUUGCCAUCACUCAUAAUUCAUCAUGGGGUAUUGCGUGUUUGUGUUUAUCUGCCGUGCUCAGGUUUCUCACCAAGUUUGAAAUCCUUGGCGAAUCCCGUUAUUACUUUUAAUUCCUAAUUGACAUUCCAAAAUAUUCGACAUUCAGUAGGUGCAGCGAGCACUUAGAGAUUUAUUCUCAAUUUGACGAAUCCAAAGAUUGUGAUCAGUAAUACGAUAAAAGGAAUUUGCCAACUUCCAUUUCUAGUUGAUCCCUCUUCAAUGUAUGCAGUAUAUUUUGUAAACACCUGAUUACCAAAAAAAGGAUGCUUCUCUUAUCUUUUGCAGUCAUGUGCAAAUAUUACUUUUACAAAGCUAUAUAACAUAAAUUGUAAAUAAUCUCUAUAAGUGCAAUAUUUUUAUGAAGAUGUCAAUGACUUGAAAGGUACCAGUGUAUGUAAUAUUGAAGAAAGACUUGUUUUUUACUUUGCGUGUAUCUAAAUACACCAUUUCACAUAGAAGCUUUUGUUGAUAUAUUGUAAAAUGAUAGAAUAUGAUCAAUUCAUGGUUGGAAAAAAAAAACAGAUUAAAUGAAAUCAUUUAAUUUGUAUUUAUUUGUUUAAAAUGUAUGUAUUUUCAAUAGAGAUUCCUUGUUGCUAACCUGUACAUAUUACAUUGGCUACAUGGUACGAUGUCACAUUCAAUUUAUCCCACUUACAUUUAUGAAAAUUCACUUACAUGUAUAUCCAUUUUUUGUAGUCAAUCAAAAAUAUUUAUGUUUUAUUGCAUAAGGAAGGCACUAGUAUACAAUUUGAAAGAGGUUGAAAUUUCUAUGCACUAGUGAUUUAUAAAUAGCCACAUCUAACUAUUUUAUGCACAAUAUUCAUGACGAUGGAGCUCAAACGAUGAUUUUAUAGAGUUGCCAAUUUGUAAUAUGGUAUGAGCAGGGAUCAUUGUAAUCCUAUAAAAAGGGACUGAAUACGGCGCUUCAAGGUUGAAUUUUGGAUGCACAAGUGAUUUAUAAAAAGCUAUUUCUUACAUAUUAUGCAUAAUAUACAUUACAAGUUAUGGUGAUUUUAUAGAGUUACCAAUUCGUAAUAUGGUAUGAGAAAGGAUCUUCAUAAUCCAACUUUCCCUUGAUUUAAAAUGGUAAGAAAGUGAAGCUUUAAGGUUAAACUCUUCUGCACAGGUGAUUUAUAAAAAGCCAUGUCUAACAUGCCAUGUGAAAGAUGCAUUACAAGUUGCUCGCAUGAUGGUUUUUAGAGUGAUUUGUAAUAUUGUACAAAUAAGGAUCAUUGUAAUCCGAUUUUCCUUAAAUUAAAAAGUGACUGAAUACAGAGCUUCAAACUAUUUAUUAAAUCUAACCUUAACUUAAUUUUUAAAGGAAAACACAAUAGCAGAAUGCAUACACUGGUGCGUUUUUAUAAGUUGUCAACUUCAUGCUGUAUAUAGUUUAUUUUGAUAUUUUAAUAAAGAUAUUCACAAUAUCCCUUGA